CCCUUGGCCUUAAAGCCCUGAUAUUAAGCUUGCCUUCUAUGGCCUUUGUACUUUUCACGUUCGGCCUAGCACUCUUCGUUCAUGCCCCAGUUGCUGCUGCUACUGCUAUUUUAAAACCCCGAUUCACCUUCGUCCUCACUAUGCUUGGUCACAACUUGAAUGUGAUGUAAAGCCAACAACAGUGCUCAAAUCUUGUUCACCUGAUGAACACGAUAAGAGGUUAUGAUUUGCUAUUUUCAGACACGAGUGAACCGGGCGGACACAGAUCAACAGCCCUGGAUAUCCUGCAACGAUGUGCCCGCUUGCCCUUACCCGGUCGGGGGGGCAUUCAUCCUGGUGCACACUGCGGACAGCUCGGGGACCUGGAACAUGAUUAUAAAACUGCGAUCGGGUGGAGAGCAUUACGUCUUGUCGAGCCAUGGUGACGAUAGGAGGGAGCCAAAAUUCUCUGAGUCACGAGUCAAAGAGAAAUUUCGCGAAACGCUUCGGAAUGAGAGAUAUGGAAUUUGGGGCCAAGUGAAUCUCGGAACUGGAUGUAAGUAAUGGAAGUGGCCACUGUCGACAGAGAGAGCGGGGGAGGCGAAAGAAUUAAAAUAUGGGCCUCGUUGUCGAGCUCCAUGGAUUAUGCACUCGAGUGAGUCCACAUUCGGGGCCAGAAAUAGCUCCUUCGCUGCGGCUCUCCUCCUACAAAUGCACUGUGCUUGUCAUUAUGCGCUUCACGAGGAUCUGUACCAGAUGCAGCCCUGGCAGUCAACAUCUCCAGAGCUGGCUCUAAGGCGUUGACAAUGUCGAGAGUCAAACGGAUAGAUCAGGGCACGAGUCUCCCGACACAGCAUCUUCGGCCUCAGAUUCCCCCCUGGAACCGCUUUCUCCAUUCAUGUGCACACAUCUAGCUCGACUGCCACCCCUCCAAGCUUCAAUCUGAGAUUCUUCCGAGUACCCGAACCCAGCUGAGAUUCUUCGGAUGUGCUUCAGCAAUCGAAUCGAGUGAGAGCUCAGAGAGAGAGAGAGAGAUGCUGGUUGCCUUCAGGGACACGCAAAAGGCCCGAUCUUCUGAUUUCACGCUCGGACGUUCAACACAGUUUUCGGCAAGGCUUGCGUUGCGUUCCAACUGACCACUCACCAGCUCGCUUGGACCUGCGGCCCCCGAAAUAGCUGCCGCAUACAUGCUUACAGGCAACCCCUCACUUGCUGCGGCUGAAAGCAGUUCCACUUUGAUCAUGCUGUGAUCUCGCGGCAUGCCGCACGAUUAGGACCUUGUCUGCUCGGGCGCUCUCUCGCCCUCUCUCUCUUACAGGUCACAGAUGUGUUUAGUUUAGAAGGGAGCUGGCGCCGCCUGAGCUGCUGCAGCGGUGGCUGAUAGAGAGAGAGAGAGAGAGACGUGGUGGAUCUCGUCCAAUGCGCGCAUUUAAUUUAUUGUAGAAUAGAUCCGUGGAGAGCACUGUUCUAUGGAGACGAGGGGAUGGGUAUAAGUUUUGGAUUGUCUGCUUGGUGAAUGCGGGAACACUUGCCUCUGGUUGCUGCGGUCAUGGAGGGCGUGCAUCUGUGCAUGCUCUAGGAGAUUUCCUCCUGCAACCUCCGUCUGCAUCAAUGGAUCAUUGAGAUUCAGAGGUGCGCUCGGUGCCGCGCCAUUCAAACGAAGCGUCGAGACGAGACGAGACUAGAAAAGAAGGCCGGCACGAGGUCUGAGGUGGCUCUGUCCUCUCGUUCGUUGUUGUUGUCGUCAGAGGCGGCGGCAUUUCUUCUCGCUCGAGAAAUCAAGUGUCUGUCGGCCUGCUCAGCAUGGUUCGAGCCUGCACGGAGCUGUUCGGCUAUUCAAGCAUCGCAGAGUCCGAUGGUCCAUGUGCCGUCGUCGUGUGCCAUUUCCAUGGUGUGAUGAUCGAUCGACGAUCGAUGAUCGAAGAAGAGUGACUGAUGUCUCGGAGAGCCAUGAAAAAGGCCUAGAUUCUUUCGCAUGCCGUGCAGUUCCUUUCUCUGUUUUCUCUCCCGGUGAAGGCAGAAGCGAGAGCCCCAGUUGGUAGCCAGCCAGCGAAAGUGAGACAAAUUGGUCACGCAUUCGAAUUUGUCGACAAUCAUAAUCAUGGGGUUGAAGGAAUCGGAGGUGAUGAAUCUGGUGAACGCCGUCGUGCCACUCUACAUCUCCAUAGGAUUGGGGUACACGCUGUCGAAGCUGAAGGUGCUGUCGUACGAGGUGCAUUAUCAAGGAAUCGUCACCUUCUGCUUCAAGGUCACCACUCCGCCGCUCGUGUUCCAGAUGGUGGCCAACAACAACCCGUACCUGCUGAACCUUCGUCUGAUCGGAGCCGACGUCUUGUGCAAAGCCAUCGUGCUGGUCGUGCUUGGUCUGAGCUGCGUCUGGCGGCCCACGGCGCAGCAUGUGGCUUGGGUCAGUGUCUACUUCAAUCUGGCCACCAUGUCCAACACCGUCCUCAUUGGAAUUCCUCUUCUCACUGCACUGUAUCCCGGCACGGAGAAGGACAUCACGGCCCUCGUGUUCUUGCAGUGCUUGAUUUGGUUCAGCGUGUGCAUCUUCAUUCUCGAGCUCCAUAAAGUGCUUGUCCAGUACGAUCCAAAGCAAGCUCAUGAGGAUCCGGUACACGCCGUCGUUGAUGUGGAGAAGGAAGGAGGUGAGCCUGGAUUCGGAGGCAAUGACCUGAUGAAUGUCGAACAUAGGAUCGGGGCAAGAGUUGCUCAAGGAAGUCCAGCUGCGGGAGAUGAAUCAGCGCUCAAACACACCCUCGCUAUCGACUUACAGACGAAGAGCGUUACACCGAUACCUGAGGCGAGGGUUCUCAGGGUUUCCAAAUUUUAUCUGGUGAAACGAAUCACGAUGACCGUCGCAAUGAACUUCGUCAAAUCGCCCAUUGUUUGGUCCAGCAUCAUCGGCUUCACAUAUGCACUGCUAAAUUUCAGAUUCAAUGACGGAAAACCGCUACCAGUUAUCAUCAAGUCCAGCGUUGCACUCUUGGCCAACUGCACCCUUGGGAUGGCCAUGUUCAUGCUAGGUAUGCAUAUGGCUGCGCAACCAACACUGAUAUCAUGUGGACUACAUAGAGCACUGAUGGGUGCUGUUCUCAGAUUCUUCGUCUCGCCUGCUGUUAUGGCCGUUGCUUCGACAAUCGUCGGUCUCCAUGGGGAGAUAUUCCGCUUUGCUGUUAUGCAAGCCAUGAUCCCUCAAGCAAUCACUAGCUUCGUUUUUGCUUGUAACUACCACGUACAUGAGGACAUUUUCAGCACAGCGGUGUGGUUUCAAACCCUAAUUUUCUUCCCUUUCGCGCUCGCUCUGUACACCAUCCUAAAUCUGAGCGCUUGAUCUUCAGUUCGCAAUGGCGGCCGAAAAUUCUUUGAAUAAGAAUCAGAUUCUUCAGGAGUCAGGGGCUAGAACGAAGGCGAAACUCGCGCAAGCUUGUUUGCUGCCAUAUCCGCGAGACUCAAACCGGGCGAUCGAUGGAUGGAAGGAUGGGUCGACUGGUUGGGGAAUGAGAACUGAGGAAGUUCAAGGUUUGGUAAGGUGCGUGUACUCAUGAGACAAAUCUGCCGUCACCGAAGCAAAAGUUGGCUAUGGUAGCCGACUCCGUUGAGUCGUGCGUGGGUCUCAACGGUCUCGAUUCCGAAGUUGCUCGCCGAUUCUGAUGAGUUUACAUAUCGAUGUACAAAUUAGUUUUUCAAUCUUCGACAUAUUUUAGCGGAACUUACUGUUUAUACUUCAGUCACGGUCAGGACUGCGGUGUCAGCUCUCGGGGGUGGGUUCUGUGAUCAUGACCUCGAUCGAUGCCUUGCACCUCUCGUGGAUGUUGUUGGCAAGAUGAUCGUCUAAAUCACUCCGCCUCCGUCGUCGCUGCAGCGUCCUGGCUCGGCUGAACCCUUCUUGUUAGUGCACACGGGCAGAGUUCGACACAAACGUGACGUAGAUUUCGAUACAAGUUAAUGAAGACUGUCAGAACUCAGGCACUGAUUCAGUUGAUGUAAUCCCUAGUUAUGCCCGAAGACAUCCGGCCGGAUGUCUCGACAAGAAAGGUUUAGCAACCUCUUUUUUGUAGCGGGACAUUCCCUUGAAAUAGAAGUGACGAGGAAAUCAAUAGAAGGCAAUUCGCUGUUCUUGCCCAGGCAGAGGCAACAGUGCUUUCUUUGCACUCAAACUGCAAGAGAUAUGAUGUUCAUUCCGAUGCGAAACCUUCCACUUUC